AUGACUUCAGACCCUGGCAGUGCUUCUCGUGCUGCAGAAUCUGCUGCAGAUGGAAGCCAUAGAGAUGCAGGAGGAACAGAAAGAAGCAGCAGAAGGGGAGAAGCAGCAGCAGCAGCAGCAGCAGCAGGAGCAGCAGCAGCAGGAGGUCGUCGCCGCAGCCGCAGCGGCAGCGUUGGUGGCCGGCACAACAAAAACAGCAGCAGCAGCAGCAGCAGCAGCAGCAGCAGCAGCAGCAAGGAUUAUCGAGGCAGCAUAAAUGUAAAAACAGAGAAGAUGGGAGAUAGAGAAAGAGAAGCAGCAGAUGAGGCAGGGAGACACAGAGAAGAAAAUAGAGACAGAGAUAGAGAUAGAGAGAGAGACAGAGGGAGAGAGGGAGAUAGAGAAAGAGAUAGAAAUAGAGAUAGAGAGAGAGAUAGAGAGAGAGAAGGGGGGAGAGAUAGAGAAAGAAACAGAGAGAGAGAAGGAGAAAGAGGGAGAGAUAGAGAAAGAGAAGGGGGGAGAGAUAGAGACAGAGAAAGAGAAGAUGAGAGAUAUAGAGAGAGAUACAGAGAUAAAGAAAUAAAUAGAGAAAGAGAUAGAGACAGAGACAGAGAUAGAGAAAGAGAUAGAGAAAGAGAAAGAGAGAGAGAUAGAGAAGCAGAUAAAGAUAGAGAGGGAGAAGGAGAAAGAAAUAGAGAGAGAGGGAGAGGAGACAGAGACAGAGAAGGAGAGAGAGAUAGAUAUAGAGACAGAGAAGGAGAUAGAGAUAGAUAUAGAGAUAGAGAGGGAGAGAGAGAUAGAUAUAGAGAUAGAGAGAGAGAAGCAGAGAGAGAAAGAUAUAGAGAGAGAGAGAGAGAAGGAGAGAGAGAAAGAUACAAAGACAGAGAGGGAGAGAGAGAAAGAUAUAGAGAGGGAGACAGAGACAGACAGAGAGCCACCGAGAGAGAGAGGGAGGCCCCUAGAGAGAGAGAAACAAACAGAGACAGAGAAAAAGAAAAAGAAAAAGAAAAAGAGGAGAGAUAUAGAGAGAGAUACAGAGAUAGAGAAGUAAAUAGAGACAGAGAAAGAGACAAAGAUAGAGAUAGAGAAAGAGAAAGAGAGAGAGAUAGAGAAAGAGAGAGAGAUAGAGAAAGAGAAAGAGAUAGAGAAGCAGAUAAAGAUAAAGAUAGAGAGGGAGAAGGAGAAAAAAAUAGAGAGAGAGGGAGAGGAGACAGAGACAGAGAAGGAGAGAGAGAAAGAUAUAGAGACAGAGAAGGAGAGAGAGAUAGAUACAGAGAUAGAGAGGGAGAGAGAGAUAGAGAGGGAGAGAGAGAUAGAUAUAGAGAUAGAGAGAGAGAAGCAGAGAGAGAUAGAUAUAGAGACAGAGAAGGAGAGAGAGAAAGAUAUAGAGACAGAGAGAGAGAAGGAGAGAGAGAAAGAUACAAAGACAGAGAAAGAGAAGGAGAGAGAGAAAGAUACAAAGACAGAGAGGGAGAGAGAGAAAGAUAUAGAGAGGGAGAGAGAGACAGACAGAGAGCCACCGAGAGGGAGAGGGAGGCCCCUAGAGAGAGAGAAACAAACAGAGACAGAGAAAAAGAAAAAGAAAAAGAAAAAGAGAGAGAAAGAGAAAGAGAAAGAGAAAGAGAGAGAGAAAGAGAGAGAGAAAGAGAGAAGAUAGGGGAGAGAGAGAGACAAAGAGAAAGAGACAGAGAAGGAAUGAGGGCCGUCAGCAGCAGAAGUGCAAUGCAUAGCAGCAGCAGCAGCAGCAGCAGCAGCAGCAGAGACAGCAGAAACCAACUGCAGCAGCAGCGAGAGAAAGAGAGAGAGAAAAAGAGAGAGAAAGAGAGAAGAUAG